UUCACGUUUCUUGUCAUUGGUAGUACUAACAAUUUGUUGACAGGUAGUUAACGUUUCUCGUUGCGAAUGGUUUCAGCAAAAUAAACCAGGAUGAGCGCCGUUAAUCUGCGCCAACAGAAAUUGGAGCAACAGCGUCAAUUGAUGGAACAGAAGAUGCGCCAGAAAAGGCAAACACUUGGUAUGGUUCAAGCCUCAGACGCCCGUGCUUCUUCAGCUAAAGGCCCAAAUGGGUUUCAGCCGAGGCUUUCGCUCCCGUCACGAGGAAGAGAACUGCAUGGAUAUGACGGGCCCCUGCAGUUCACAAUGGAGCCAGGGAAUCCAGAUCUGGUGAUAUCAUUACCGGCGAAUGGUUCAGAAGCUUCACACCGCGAGGAAAACGAUGUUUGUCAAGUAGAGACUUUGCAACUAGGGGAUCAAGACCAAGAUGUUGAAGAUGAAGAAUCUACACCAGUAUCUCCACCAACCCCAGUCAACACCUUGGCCCUUGCUGUGGCACCAUCGGCUGAUUCAAACUUCAUCACACUCAGCUCAAAUGAGCGGGAAAUAGAAGGUGAUGUUGAAGGAAGCCUGGAGACUUUUGUUUUGGAACCAGGAACUCAAGGUGUUCACUAUAAGUGUAGAAUAACAAGGGACAGAAAGGGAAUGGAUCGUGGCUUAUAUCCAACAUACUUUUUACAUCUUGAGCGUGAUUAUGGUAAAAAGGUGUUUUUGCUAGCUGGCAGAAAACGUAAGAAGAGCACAACAAGUAACUACCUCAUAUCUACAGAUCCAACUGAUUUAUCAAGAACUGGAGAGUCCUAUGUUGGGAAGUUAAGAUCCAACCUGCUAGGAACUCAUUUCACAGUUUACGACAAUGGCUAUUCUCCCAAAAAAGCUGAGUCAAAAGAAGAUUGGAAACGUUCACCUCGACAGGAAUUGGCUGCUGUAGUCUAUGAUACAAAUGUUCUUGGCUUCAAAGGUCCAAGGAAAAUGACAGUUAUAUUGCCGGGGAUGACUCAAGAGCACAAGAGGGUACAAAUCUGCCCUCAAGAUGAACAUGAAGGUUUGCUGGAGUGCUGGCGAAAUAAAAAUAUGGAUAAUCUCAUAGAGCUUCAUAAUAAAACACCAGUAUGGAAUGAUGACACACAGUCAUAUGUGCUGAACUUCCAUGGGAGAGUCACUCAGGCAUCAGUAAAAAAUUUCCAGAUUGUUCAUGACAGUGAUGUUGAUUACAUAGUAAUGCAGUUUGGUCGUAUUUCCGAAGAUGUCUUCACGAUGGAUUACCGAUAUCCUAUGUGUGCACUACAAGCGUUUGCUAUUGCUUUAAGCAGUUUUGAUAGCAAGUUAGCGUGUGAGUGACAGUUUAGAAGCAAGCAAAGUUUUAUGAUAAUCGUACAUUAUCAAACAAUGGAACCCGAAGAUAUGAAGAUGAAUAUGCUGUAGCAGUAUGCAGGAAAGAAUAUUACUUCUUAAAUCCACGUGAUUGCAUUUUUACAAUUUGCAGUACCAGUCAUCACAAGAUAGACACUGUUGUAUGUGCCACGUGUGUGGCUGGAGCACGCACAAUCAUUGUACACUUUGAGUAGAACUGCUAGUUUGUCUUUUUUAAUGUAUGUGUGCUGUGUGGAGAUAACAGUAUUUAUAUUUCAUACGUAUGUGACCUUUAAGAUGACGGUUUCUAGUCCUAAGCAAAACAUGAUACAAUUUAUAUUUUUUUAAUGGUAUUUUAAUGACAUAUGAAGACUUGAUUUAUGUCACAGUUCAUAAUAUUUGUGUAUAAUUUGGCAUGCAGUUGCUUGUCAGUCUGCAGCAAAGUUAAGUAUAAAGUUGCACAUGUCAGAAAAGUCUUUCAAUAUUUUACCUCUCAUAAGAAAAUAAUGCCAUUGCAUGACAGGCCUAAAUAUAACGAAUCUUUGUCACAUCUGAUUUUAAUUUUAAAUUGCAUUGUUAAUAUUUUCUCAAAGCAAUACGCACUAUUUUAAUGACACUUUUGUCAUGUUGUCACCUUGUGAAUCUCUCGAGAGUAUACUUGUUGCUAUGUGAUUGUCUGUUGUGUGUGUGUUAGACAUAGGCCUAUUGAUUUAAUAAUGUGCUGAAGCACUAUAUUUCAUAACUAAUGGAAUUUAAAUGGCCCCCAUGAUAUAUGAUUCUGUCUUAAGCAUCUGUGUUUUAAAGAAUUCAAAUCUUGUUGUUUAUAAUAUGCACUUAUAUUGCUCACUGUACAUAUUGUCAUAUUUCAUGCGUACUUUCAUAAGUAGGUUUUUAGUGAUCUAUCAGUGUAUAUAUGACACAAUUGUUCAUUGUUGUUAUUUUUUUACAUUUCAAGUGGUGUAAUCUCUCUGUUACAACAUUUAUACAUCACUCUUGCAUUUAUAUACAGUACCACCUUUUUUAUUAUUUUUCUGCAUUUGGCACUAGGGAGUUUAUGCCCAUAAGUGAGAUACGACUUAUUCUGUUUAUUUUUCUAUUAUUCUGGUCAGAAGAUGUAAUGUAUGCUGUGUCUUUAGCUGUAAAUUAACUUUAUUAUCAAACAUAUAUCUACACAUAUUAAGCAAGCACUCAUUUGUCUAUUCUUUUCCCUGACAGGUGAAACCUCUGAUAAUACUGCCCUCAUAAUAUAAUUUUAUCCAGGAUGCCUAUCUUUGUUGUAAUAAUUCAUAAACCAUAACCAUUCUAGUUGUUGUGUUAAAUUUUAUUUACAGGCAUGGGGAAUUGUUCUUAAAUGUAAUAACUUGUAAGGAUCAGUAAUUUAUCCAUGGCUCACCAUACUUAAUUGUGAAAAAAGAACUGUAAUUUACUUCAUUUGUAAAAAAAUGUCUGUAAAGCCAGUGUGUGUGAAGUUUUCUGAGAUACUGGCAUGGAUAAGUGAAUUCCUGUUAUUUGAUUAGUUUCUUUAAGACUGUACAUCAUUUCCAUAUUGCCAUAGUUUGCUGCCAUUUAAUACAAUUAAUGCUUCUAAAGUUUUAUUAUUUGUACAGUACAGAAAAUUUGUGUAUUUGGUGAUAAAAUAUGAAACAUUGACUUUGUGAAAAAGUGCUUGGUACCACAAAGGCUGUAUGUCUUCAUGAUUGUUUCUUUCUCUGAUAGAUUCUGAGAAAUAUCCUUUCAAGGUGUGGGAAUGGGUGUUGGAAAAAUUUACACUUGAUACUCAUAGUAGUCCCCAUUUGUUUUGCACUUAUAAAUACUUAUAUGACCAUCAACUUGUUACAGUGAGAAACACAACUAGAUAAAGAAAACACUUGUAUUUUAGUGAUGAGAAACAUGCAAAUGAUUCGUCCAGAUACCUACGUUUUUAGGUAGCUACAAAAUUAUGACAGGGUUAAUACCUUUUUUAUAUACCUUUAUUUUUAUGUACUGCUGACUUUAUAAUUGUAAUUGGUGUCACCAUCAUUGUCAAAACUGCCAUGGAAAUCAUCAACGUUGCUAUUUUUGUUGGCUUCAGGCUAAAUUCCACACUACAUCUGUAAAUUAUAUCCUUCCCAACAAGGUAGUUUGAUCUCUCCUCUUUGUUGACCUGGGCUAACUGUAACACUUUGUGAUCUCCGUACAGAAUAUCAUCAAAGACUGAAUCUACUUUAAUUACUAUUACAAUAACACUCUUGAUAGGUGUAUCACUCAUUUUUUUUUGUUUCCCUUUUUUCCACAUUAUGUGAACUUCUUACGCUGUAUUGGCUAGUUAUAAAAUCUGUGUCAUAAAACAUUAAAAGGUACAAGCAAGUGCUGCUCUCAAGCUAUGAGCGCAUGACCUCAAAUUUCCAACAAUUCUUUGUCUCUGCAUACUAAAUUAAUUUGUAAUAACUAGUUUUUAUGUUCUUAACUGUAACAUUGUCUGUAUUUUUGUAUAUGCCAUUCAAUCUCUGUUCAUUGGCCCUCCAUUUUCUUAUUCACUGGCAUUCCCUUCAUCACCAGCCCUUCAGAGGUGUAUCAUAUCCCUUAAGAUGAGUUGUAGAUAUAGUAUGGUAUAAUAUUUCAGUAUGCUAGCAUUACUGCCUUUGGAUCACGGGGUCCCGGGUUUGAUUCCUGGCCAGGUUGGGGAUUUUCUCUGCCCGAGGACUGGAUGUUUGUGUUGUCAUCAUCAUCAUCAUCAUCAUCAUCAUCUUUCACAGUGGCUGGACUGGGACUGUGUGAAAAUUGGGUCUUUGUAUGGGCGCUGAUGACCGCGCAAUUGAGCACCUCACAAACCAAUCAUCAUCACAAUCAGUAUUUCAGCAUGUGCUUGAUGUUGGAUACUCCAUCAAAUAAUGCUACAGAAAUAUUUGGAUUUACCAGUGCAUGCAUCAUAAAUAAGUCUUUACUCUAUAACUCUUGCCUCUUGACCGGUGAGUUUGUAGUUCAUGACAUGAAAGUGGUGGUCACAAAUGUCAGCCUGAUUCUUGAAAAUGUACUCUUUCAGUCAGCUGUAAGUCUAAAUAAUACUGGAAUGUAAACACCCCCCACCCCCACCCCCCUUGGACAGAUCUUUCAUUUAAUACUUUGAACUGACAAUAACACCCCUUAUCAUGAGCCAAAAAAUAUAUAACAUCAAAAACAAAAGUUACUUCAUAUAUAUGUACAUUUAAACAAUUUGAGAUAAUGGACAUAGUAGCUGCCUGCUUUUCUCCAGCAUCUUUCCACUUUGCCCUCCCUUCCUCUGUUGGAAAUUUUGUGUGUGUGUGUGUGUGUGUGUGUGUGUGUGUGUGUGUGUGUGUGUGUGUGCGCAUGUGAGCGUGUGCGCGCGUGCGUGCCACUAUCUGGUGUGGCAAGAAAAAGAGUAACCCUCCAUAAACACUAGUGGGAUAUAAUAAUGCACAGCACAUUUGGUUUCUGUCUCUCCCACCCCCUCCUUAUUUUCUAGCUUUCUUCUUUUUCUUACUGCUGUAUCUUUUGUUGAUUUUCUCUGACUUCAUAUUUGUGUGUCCUACGUAGUUACUCAUAGUAUGUUCAUGUGUUAUCCUUCUUUACCUCUUAUCUUCAUCUCCCCUGCAUCACACUUUUCACCACUCCGAUUUUAAACUGUCUUCAGUUUAAUUCCUGUAUUCCACAUAUUGACAAGAUAUUGUAAAUAGGAUUGUCUGGUUUCUUUUUAUCCUAUAGUUCUUCAUUUUUGUCACUUUACUCUUCAUUAUUUUUCUUCUGUACCUGGCAAAAAUGUGGAACAAUUGAGACUCAAAACUGCAGUUCAGCCUUUUUUAUCCCUCUGUUUGGUAAAUAUUGUGUGUGGUUCGUUUUUUCUUUUCACUGUGGCAUUUGUGUAUUAAAGACUGUUUAGUCCGUGUCAGUGUUGAAUUAGAAAGUGUUUAAAACGUUAUUUCCAUCUUAUUCAUUAGAUCUACUGCAUCUGAUGUGGUACCCACCUACUUUGAGUUUAAACUACUACUCAUUCUAUCUUUUUUUGUUUUCUCACUUCUCCAUCUUCCAUGUUCUUGUUAUUGUCACUCUUCCACAUUUAUUUAUCAAUUUAACUUCUCCUUUCUUAGGCUCACAUUACAGUGUCAGAAUUCUUUGACAAAGCAUGUAUAAAAGCUAGGGCCUCUCCCUGACUUUAUAAAAGAUAUGAUGAAAGUACCCCAAUGUAUCGUAAAGUAUUUUGUGAAAUAUCUUUUGUAAAAGUUAAUUGGCAGAGUUCUUUUACAGUGGAAUAGGUGCUUUACACUUGUAGUGUGUGCACAAUUAUCAUUUUUUAGUUGUUGAUUGCACACUACGUCGUGUCUAAAUUUUUGUUUUCACAACUUUUAAGUUGCUUUUAUUUCAUCACUGUUUUCCUCUUUCAUUUCAUGCAGCUUUGCUGUUUAAUUCAAAAGAUGUCUCUUUUUUUUCCCAAUCCUUUCCUAUCUCUUUGCAAAUGAAGGACACUUGCUAAGGAAAAGUGUCUUCUGUUUGUAAAAUUAAGCAUCCUGGAAUAUCCUGGCUAUUCACAUUUCCCAGAAUGUGUACAUGGACACACAUGCACAUGCACAGUGGAGUGAGUCAUUACUAUAUCUAAACGUGCCAUUAAACUAUAUGCACAGCUGGGAGCUGUUGGUGAAGUUGAGGAGUCUGGAUCUCAGUAAGAAAUAAGCUUGUUGCCUAAUGCGCAGAAUUUUCCCUGUGCAGCCACUGACAACAUCAUUACUUAAAAAUUAGAAAAUAAUACUCAAACUGGUUCGAGCUCUCUUUUAAUUUGAGGUUCUAAUUCACUGUCAUGUUCAAGUGAGGAGUAAUGUGCCGGAAUUAAUAUUUCAAUUUAUUAUUUUGUUAGAAUAGCUUUCACAGUGCACUUGCAGUUUGAUUUGUAUUUCUUUUGUUUAAUGUACAAAUUGGUGUUUUCUAGGUGUUCAACAAAAAGUCCCAACAAUAUAUUUCCAAAAACAUUUAACUGUAGAUUAGUCCACCCUACACUCAUUUUAUUUGCAUUAGCAAUGCACUUAUGCUUUGCUAUUAAAAUCGGGUUAGCUAGCAAAUUGUAGGGUUGUUCCUCUUGGAUUAAAUGUCUAUAGCCAUAUCUGGCACCUUGAUGCUUUUGGUUAUGUGAAUUAUGAACAUUGAGAAUAUACAAAAUUGUAAUAUGUCAUCAAAAGGACAACCUGUCAGGCUUUCUGUGAUGUGCUAUUGUUAUCAUUGCAAAAACCUGAAAUCUCUGUUUCCAAUUUCCUGUCCAGAUGCUGUCAUUAUUUUGCAUUACUAUCAAAUAGUGAGGUUGCUUGUCAUUUGUAAUGGCUUGCGUAUUUAAUCAUUACUAUUACAGUAAGACAAAACUAUUCUCAUGAUCACAAUUCGCCUCAUUCCUCCCUAUUAUUCAGAAAUACUGCCACAUUAAUGUAUUGCUAUUUUAUUUUAUGUGUGUGUUAAACAUACAUCAAUAAAGUGUGAAAAGCAGAGAAAUAGUGAGGCCUGGGUACACAUUGUGUACAUUUUAUGUUACAUAAAAUAGGAGUAUUACAUUAGAGCUGAAAUACUCGAUAUUUAAAACUGCUGCAGGUUUCAGUAAUAGAGAAAAAAGAAUGACUUGCUGGAAUUUUAAGAAAUCAUGUUGAUGUGAUCUGGUAUGGUGCUCGAGAGCCUCAUCAAUAUUUAUUGCAUCAGAAAAAAAUGCAAAUAAGUAACUGUUGGUACAUUCCCUUAUCUUUUUUAAACUCUUUUAUAUACAUAUAAUCAUUUAAGUGAAUUUGCUGGAACCCUUGCUCUCUCAUCCUAUUUAGCAACUGUGAUCACUGUGCCAUAGUUUCCCCCCCUAUUUAUGUCACAUGGUAACUUUGUUUUAUCUGAUAAUAUCUGCAAAUGUGUUUAUUUUGUAGAUCAACAUUUUCAUUGGCUUUAAGUGUUAGCAGACCAUUAUUCUCCAGGGUAACUUUCAUAAGGUAAUAAUCAAAUGCCUCUAAUGAACAUAAUUCUUAUACUGUGCGAUAUCAAGAAGAUGUUUUACUUUAAAUAAUAAAGUUGUAUCGUUGAGCAAACUGUUGACUUUUGCUUAUCUGCAAGCUACUAGAACAGUAUGUUUUGGAAAAUCACAUUCAUAAGAUGUGACACCAGAAACUGUUUUCUGGUGUCUUAUGAAACAACCUGUGAUAUAUUUGGGUCAUAUCACAGAAAAUACUGUAGCAAGCAGUGGAAAAGUCAAUGAAUCAAAUAUCCUUUGUGAAAUUUGUGCAUUGCUAGCAUCUUGUGUUACUUGAAUAAUUACUUUUUCCAAAACCAAAUUUGCUGUUAUCUUAUCAGUAGAUAACUCAGCCAAUUCCUGUUGACUGUCAUUUUAAAUGUUGACCCAACAGAGACUGCCUGACACACAUUUUCUCCUUAUUCUCUCAUAUUCUAUUAUUACAAGUUUUGGAAAAAUUUACAUAUAUUGAAUCAUUAAAGAUUGUCUGUAGCUUGAGGACUAGUUCAGCAGUAUGAACUGUGAUAAAAGUAAAAUUCCUGUUUGAAAAUAUGCAAAAAUGUUGGAUAAUGUUGUAACCGAUGUAUAUACUUUUCAGUUAUGAACUGCAUUUAUUGAUAGUUUAUGUAAUUUAAUUACAAUUGAAAAAUGCACUAUUUUUUUAUUGAUACACUUCCAUGGAGAGAUGAUGUUGGUACCAUAUAUAUGCAGUGAAUUUGCAUAUUUUGCAUCAUGAUUUUAAAAAUUGCAUUGAGCAUGGCACUGAUUUGUGCAUCAGAGUGUAAUCUGAAUAUUUUUUAUAUGGAGAUACCUUGUACUGUUAUAAAAAUUUAGCUAUUUGCUUUUAAUAUUGACCUUGUAAGGUGCUAAUUAAUUUAUUGACUUUCACUGUAUUCAAAAUGCAUUGUUUUAAGCACAGAUUGAGUUGUGCCUGUUUGAGCACACAAAAAAAUUCGUGUAUAACAUUGAAUAAA